AUGCUCCACCAAGGCCAAGGAAGCCACACACACUUUGAGAUGAAGAAGAGGAGGAAGAGGAGCCGCAAGCUCGAUCGAGUCUUUUGGAGCAUUCUGGAGCAUAUGGGACAUGAGGAGCAUGGAGGGACUUGGCACAUGGAAGCAGCUCAACUGGAUACGCAAAGGAAGAAGGGAGAAGCCAUCUUGAAGACCAGCUCGACCGUCUACUCGACCAACCGGUCGAGUUCCUCAACUCGACCGGCCAAGCUUCAACUCGAUCGAGCUGGAAGUCAAAGUCAAACCCGAAAAAUGUUGCUUCCCCCUUGA